GUUCUCCGCCGACAGCACUCACUUUCCAAGACUCUCCCACCCCAUACCAACACCAAACCUCCCCAAUCCCCCACCAUUGUUCCUACUACAGUUACCCAGGGAACCGGGCGUCAGAGCGGGGAAGGUCGCGCCAGUGACGUCGACGGAAAGGGUCGCAUGUUUCUGUCGUGAUCGUGAGGGGCAGUGGGGCUCGGUGAGUGGCAAUGUCCGAGACGGCGGCGAUUGAGUUGGUUAUCAACGAGGAAGCGGAGUCCAGAGCUCCCCUGUGCCCACAUGGUCCAACUCUGUUGUUUGCAAAAGUAAACCACAAGGAACAAAAAGGCAGAAGGUUUUAUGCCUGUGCAGCCUGCAGAGAUCGAAAGGAUUGCAAUUUCUUUCAGUGGGAAAAUGAGAAGGUGUCAGUAGUUCGGCAAUUGGCAAGAGAAGAAUUUAAUCAAAGCCAACAGCCACUGUUUACACACAAGCAGUAUGUGGAGAGAUAUCAGCAGUUCGUAUCUUUACCCUUGGCAAAAAGGGUAUUCUGUUUAGAUUGCCAGCUUCUUUUGCUGCCUGGGGAAUGGGAUGAACACUCGUCCCAUCACAGGCUGGAGACCGUCUCUCUAGAUCAACUGAAGAGACCCAGCCAUUUGCUGCUCCCACUUGAAAACAGAAAGACCAAUGCUCAAUAUCUAUUUGCCGAUCGCACUUGCCAGUUCUUAUUGGAUCUAAUUAUUUCGUUGGGAUUCAGGAAAGUGCUGUGUGUUGGAACACCACGGCUUCAUGAGCUAAUAAAGUUGCGCCAAAUUGAAAAGAACAACCCAGAUAUGAAGAGUCAGUUGCUGGAUAUUGAUUUCAGGUAUUCCCAAUUUUAUUCAGAGGAGGAGUUCUGCCACUAUAAUAUGUUUAAUCACUACUUCUUUGGAGGAAAGUCUGCCUUUGAAGCAUUUCAGACGUUCUUGUGUCAGGACAAUGAAGAGUCUGUUGUUAUGGUGACUGACCCACCAUUUGGGGGCCUGGUGGAGGCACUGGCUCACAGUUUUAAAAAGAUUGUUGCCAUGUGGAAGACUUCACAGACCAAAGCUGCAGAUGAUCAUGAUGAAGAGAAAACAAUAGAUGAUGAAUUACCAAUAUUUUGGAUUUUUCCAUACUUUUUUGAACCUCGCAUUCUGCAGUGUUUCCCAUCAUUCAGCAUGCUUGAUUAUCAGGUGGAUUAUGACAACCAUGCCCUCUACAAGCAUGGAAACAGUGGUCGGAAACAAUCUCCAGUACGCAUAUUUACCAACCUUCUGCCUAAAGCCAUCGUAUUGCCUGCAGAAGAAGGAUACAGGUACUGUUCAUUUUGUCAGCGGUACAUAUCCUCAGCAAACAGACACUGUGAAAUAUGCCAAGCCUGCACAUCUAAAGAUGGAAGGGCAUGGAAACACUGCCACAUCUGCAGCAAGUGUGUAAAAUCAUCUUGGUUUCACUGUGAAACCUGCAGACGUUGUGUCCUAAAGGAUCAUUCUUGUGGUGUGGCUGAAAGUGGAUGCUUUAUCUGUGGAAGUACUGAGCAUAAGCGCAGAGAAUGCCUUGAAUCAGCAUUGCAAAACAAGAUCACUAAAAAGUCACAGCUACAUAAACGGAAAUCAUUGGAAAUGAAUAAAGAAUGUGGCAUAAACAAAUACAAGCAACAAGGCCAAGAAAAGAGUACUGGAAAGAAGAAAACUAUUAAAUGGGUAACUGGGAAAUCAAAGCGAAAGCAGAGAAGAAAGAAUAAACGAUGAUGUAUGUAACUGGCUGUGUGCAUUGCUAAAUGAUGAGGCUUUCCUGAAUGGAUGCAGCCUAAUUUUCAGCCUUCACGAGAACAGUAAACCUUAGAAAAUCUUUAAUUCAUUGAGAAAGUUGGUGAGAUACAUCUUUGUACAACUCCGUCAGCACUAGUUGUAGCUGCAGUACUUGAAUGAUCACACCUUGUUUACUGACAUUUGAAGUAAUCAGUCUUUACCAGUCUGAAAGCGUGCAUGAAAACACUUGCAUCAACGUAAUUUAACUUAUUUUGGAAAUUCUACCAAAAGUAUGAAACCAUCUUCAUUUAUUGUGCUCAAACUUGAGUGUAAAACCCUGAGUAAGUACAUCAGAAUUGUGAAAUACAUGAAUAUACAUUUCCACUUUAUGAACAAAUUUCAAAUUUGAAGCUUAUUUCUCUAAAAGUUUUAAUUUAAAUGUAAAGUUCUUUAAAAUAUGAUCCUUUCUUUGUACAAAGUUAUCAAUAAAACAUAAAUUCUAAUUCUUGUUCUAAUUUUUCUUUCUUGUAAAUAAGUGGUUUCAAUAGUUUUGGAUCUUGUCACAUAAUCCUCAUUAAAUAGAAAAUCUGAAUAU